AUGGACAACAGCGACAGCAUCGACAAGACUCCAGCCCGUGCAGUUUCGGAGGCGACUGAGCCCGAGAAGCCUGCCAACGAUGUAAAGCAACUCGACCAUGCUGCGCUGUUCCUGGCCAACGCAGAUGUGCAAGAGCCAGCGUUGUCUCCUGCGAGAGAGAAGAGGCUGCUACGCAAGAUUGACUGCCUCCUGCUUCCUAUGCUCUUCGUUACGGCUACUCUUGGUGCGGUUGACAAAGUCGCCAUCUCGACCGCAGCCAUCUAUGGGCUCAGAGACGAUAUCGGUCUCCAUGGCCAACAGUACUCAUGGCUCGGAUCCAUCCUGUCCUUGGGUGCUCUCGUGGGCAUGUUUCCCUCGUCUGCGCUGAUGCACAAGUUUCCCUCCGGCAAGUACCUCUGCGCUUGCUCUUGCGGGUGGUCAGCUAUGGCUCUGAUCUUCCCUGCUUGCACCAACUGGGCUGGCAUGAUGGCCGUCAGAUUUCUCAUGGGAGCGUUCGAAGCCAUCAUUGUACCCGGCAUAUCUGUUCUGAUCGCAGGCUGGUACAAGAAAGAAGAACAACCACCUCGCAACGCCCUCGUCUUUGCCGCAGCCAGCUCGGUCGUCAACGGCUUCCUGUCGUGGCUCAUCGGCCACAUUCCGGACGACGCACCCCUGGCUAAAUGGCAAUACCUCUACCUCCUGGUUGGCUCCAUCUCCAUGGCCUGGUCCAUCUUUGUCCUUAUCUUCCUCCCAGACUCGCCCAUGAACGCGAUCUUCCUCACCAAAGAAGAAAAAGUCUUCUGGGUGGGCCGGCUCUCGCAAAACAAGACCGGCAUCGUCAACAAGACGUGGAAGUGGGACCAGGUGCGCGAGGCCCUGCUGGAUCCUAAGACGUGGAUCAUAUUCUUCUUCAACAUCGCCAUCAACAUCCCCAACGGCGGCCUGACCACGUUCAACGGCAUCAUCAUCAACAACCUCGGCUUCAGCGCCAAGGAAGCCUCUCUCCUCUCCAUGCCCACGGGCGUCAUGUCCACCUUGGCCUCCUUCAUCUUCAGUCUCAUCGCCGCGAAAUGGGCCAACCGCCGCUGCAUCGUCACCGUCAUCGCCUGCGUCAUCCCCAUUAUCGGCACCGCCAUCCUGUACGGCGUGUCCCGCACCGCCGUGCCCGCCCAAAUGGUCGGCCUGUAUCUCUGCUACACCUACUUCGGCCCUUACGUGGUAGGCAUCUCCCUCGCACAAGCCAACACAGCCGGCAACACCAAGAAGAACGUGGCCUUCGCGGUUCUCUACGUGGGCUACGCCGUCGGCAAUCUCAUUGGCCCGCAGACCUUCCGCGCCAGCCAGGCACCCGCGUACACGGGCGGCGUCGUGGCCAUGCUGUGCUGCUACUGUGCGUGCAUCGGGCUGAUUCUCGUGUACUGGCUGGUCUGCGUGAGGAUGAACCGGCGGCUGCUGCUGGUGGCGGAGGAGGUGCCGGCCGAGGGGGCGCCGGUGGAGGACAGAUUCCAUGAUCUGACAGACUGGAAGCAGCGGGAUUUCAGAUAUACUACGUAG